ACCUGAUUGGCCGACAGAGAUUCACGUCUUUCUUCAGAGAAGACUGUGUUGAUUCUGCGCAUGUGCAUUAGUAAGCUGUAAACCGAGCCAAACCUUUAAAUAAAGCGUUAAAUUCGAUAUUAUAAGCACUGAUUUGACAAAAUGAGGAUUAGUGUAGAAUGGACUGAUGGAUUUACUUAUUUGGAACGAUUUUGUGCAUUUUGUACAAUUGCAUCUUUAGUUAAAUAUUAGUUAUAGAUAAAAAUUUAAAUAUUUUUCCAAUUAUAGCAAAAACUAUUACAACCCGUUAAAGGGAGUCCUUAUUAAUCAAUGGGGCAAAUACAGCUAAAAAACUAGUAAUUAACUACUUCUCCAGUAUAUUUCUUUAAUUUUCGAAAUGUAUUUAGCUAAACAAUAAAACUAACAACAAAAAAAAAACACUGCUGCAUUACUCCUACUGUGUGCUGACUGAAUGGUGAGCUGAUGCUUAAAAUAUAGUCAGAGCUUAAGAGGUAUAUUUUACUUUAUUAGGUUUUUCACUCUACAUUAUAAUUAUUAUGUGUACAAUAUAUAUUAUGUAAUUAUAUAUACUAUUUCUCAAAUAUUUUGAUUAGUAGGAACUACAUUGUAGAUAUGUGCAAUCAUACAGUAGUAAAUAGUAGUAAAAAAGUAAUUAUAUUUAUUAGGUAUGAAAAUCCAUUCCCCAAACAAUGAUAAAAUAGGAGUAGGUCAGAAUUACAUUUAGGAUAUAUGGUCCUGAUAAUAUGUCUUGUAGUCAGAAUGAUUACUAGUAAACCUUUCAUAUCUGGUGAUGGUGGGGUAUAGCUGCUGUGUGUGAUUGUGAGUUUAGUGGUGCUGCGUGAACACUGCACAGACAUGUGUCCUGUUGCUAGGCAACAGCAACAGCAACAGCAAUACAGCGAGGUGAGAGGGCGAGGAUAAUACUUCCAGCUAAUGCUAAAUAACUUACAGAUAAACAGUCUUUAGCAAUAUGGACAAAAUGAGCAUGUGGUAUGAUAGAAUGGGGCACUGCGUGAUCAAUGAGGAGAUGCUGCGAAAAGCAGUUGAAGAACAGGGACCUCAAGGCCGUGCUGGACGAAUAGCAAAGGAAGGGGGCAUCCAGUAUGAUGAAGUGAUUCAGCUGCGUCUGGAAUACAAAAAAAUCUUACAGAUUGACCAUUUAUGGGAGUUCACAUCUCUAACCAAGCUCCAACUUAAUAAUAACAGCAUAGAGAAGAUUCAGGGAUUAGAGAAGCUCACAAACCUGUUGUGGCUUGAUUUGUCUUUCAAUAAAAUUAAAAUGAUCGAGGGACUGGAGGCACUUGUGAAACUUCAGACGCUGAGUUUAUCCAACAACCAAAUUCCUGCCAUAGAGAAGAUGGACACACUGGAACAUUUAGAAAUCCUCUCUCUGGGAGAAAAUGUGAUCUCUCAGAUUGAUAAUGUAAUAUACCUAAGAAGAUUUAAGAACUUGCGCUCUCUCAACCUGGCUAGAAAUCCCAUCUGCCAAGAGACAAACUACAAGAUCUUUGUGGUUGCGUACCUCCCAGACUUGGUGUACCUGGACUUCAGGCUUGUGGAUGAGCAAACUCGAGAGAGAGCUUUAACAGAAAUUAAUGUGAUGACAGACAAUGAAUUAAAGGAGAAGAGAGCAAUGGAGGCUCAGAAAAUCACUGAGCAGGAGCUUCAGCUUCAUAAGGAUGCAUUUGUGGAGUAUCUCAAUGGGCCACAACUGUUUGACAGUAUGUUUGCGGAUGAUGCUGAGGAAUCUAGACUGGCCAGCCUUCCUGGAGUGCCCAAACUACUGGAGACAUAUCAGACCGAGUUGGUAGCAUUAUGCAUGCAGAUCUUUGAGACAGGUUUAAUCCAGCAUGCUGAGAGGAAGAAUGAGGGGGACUCUUUCUUUACCUGCUGCAGAGAGGCAGUGUCUGAUAAUCAGCAGAGAGCAGCUCAGAUAGUCACGGACUUCGAGGAGUCCAGGAGGCAGGUGAUGGCAGAGAUGCAGAAGAUAACUGACCCAGAGCUGUUGGAGGCCCAAAGAGAUAACUAUAGUGAGAAGAUUUCCCAACUGUCUGACACUCUCAUGACCCUGGAGCUACAGCUGGUGGACCAACUAGAGGAUGUCUUCAAAGAAUUUGAGAGGAACAUCUCAGACAUGGUUGGAGCCUUUAUUGAAAAUGUGCAAGGGAUAUUUGCACAAUGCAGAGAACUGGAGAAGCACUAUCAUGAGAAACUACAGGAGAUUGCUUUGGCCACGCUAGAGAAAAUGGCAAGGAAUGAACUGGAGGAGGAUAUGCCUGAAGACAUGCACUUGCUUUUAGUAGAUAAGGACACUGUGGUCAAAGCUGUCAGUGCCUCUCAUGACACACACCAGCUGAAGAUAGAUAACAGGGAGGAUGAGCUUAUGACACGGAUCAAUAGCUGGAUGAGUGCAAUGAUGAAGUCGGUACAGGAUGAGGAGGUGACACGGAAUCGCAAGCGUAUCUCGGAGAUCCGUAACUAUCUUGAGUAUGUGAGGAACCAGCUGGAUGAAAUCAUUUUGCCUGAGCAACAAUGAGCAGGGACUUUUAAAGACAUUUUCACCCUUUUUUGUAUUUAUAAGCGAACUUACAGAAUGUUAGAAAGCCAUAUGAAGAAGAAUUAACAACUGUUACACACAUUUCUUAUUUGACUAGAUGAGAUUACAAAUAUUUAAUUUUAAAAUAUAGAUUUAAAACACAAAAACACAUUAUUUUAAAUAAUGAUCAGAAGUAUAAUAAAAAAAAAAAUAUAUA